AUGAAAGCUGAAUAUGAAGAGCACGAUGCUAUUCUGAUCGCUCGUUGCAUGAUGCAGAUCAAAGCCAAGUUUGAUACUGAUGAAGGUCUGAGCUUCAUUCAACAUUAUUACAUCAACCAAGGACUGAAGAAGUUCGGUGACGAUGGAAAGGAUGCUGUGCAUAAGGAAUUGAGACAAAUGCUUCUGAGAGAUUGUUUCACUCCUGAAUUUGUUAAAGACAUGUCCGCGUCUGAGCGAAAGAAGGCCCAAUCAGCGAUGAUGUUACUUGCGGAGAAGCAAUUCGAAAAGACAAUUAAAGGUCGCCUAGUAUUCCAAGGCAAUGGAACUUGUGAAUGGUUAUUGUGUGAGGACACUGCUAGUCCCACUGCCUCGCAGGAAGCAAUCACCACUACUUGUGUUAUUGAUGCACACGAAGUUGACGAUCUUAUGUCAAGUCACAUGGAUCCGAAAGUAAAUGACGAAUUUGCUGAGUGGUUGAACAUGAGAUAUGGUUUGAUCCAGCCAUGUAAGAUCGUCAGAGGAAAGAUACACAGAUAUCUUGGAAUGACUCUGGAUUUCUCGGUGAAAGGAAAACUCAAGAUCCGCAUAGACGACUAUGUCAAGAACAUGUUGGAAGAUUUUCCUGUCAAGCUCAACAAGGAUUCAAAGCAGGAAACACCAGCUGGUAACGAUUUACUGGAAGCCGGGAAAGGAAAGUUACUCAAUGCUGAGUACCGUCAAAUCUUUCAUACUACUGUUGCAAGGGGACUUUAUGUCUCUAAGAGAGCUUGUUUGGAUAUCCAUCCAACGAUUACUAUUCUUGCCUUGAGAGUUUGA